AAGAAACAUCUGAAGGAGACACGGCACUGUGGCUGUGCAACACUGUAAGACUGAAGUAUAUUAGGACACUUCUCUUCCCUUUGCCGUUCAGGCAGCUAACUCAGAAUGGAUUGGAAAACAUUCCAGGGAAUCCUGAGUGGUGUGAAUAAGUAUUCUACAGCAUUUGGAAGAAUCUGGCUAUCAGUGGUAUUUGUAUUCCGAGUUCUCGUGUAUGUGGUCGCCGCAGAGAAAGUAUGGGGAGACGAACAAAAAGAUUUUGAUUGUAACACUCGACAACCUGGUUGCACCAAUGUUUGCUAUGACCACUACUUCCCUAUAUCUCAUAUCCGACUUUGGGCUCUACAGCUCAUAUUUGUGACUUGUCCUUCACUGUUGGUCAUUAUGCACGUGGCUUACAGAGAAGAUCGAGAAAAAAAGAACAAGAUUAAAAAUGGAGAUAAAUGUAAUAAACUGUAUGAAAACCCAGGCAAGAAACAUGGUGGUCUGUGGUGGACCUAUCUUUUGAGCCUUUUCUUCAAAACUGGUAUAGAAAUAUCAUUCCUGUACAUCCUUCAUAAAAUGUGGGAUAGCUUUGACCUGCCAAGACUUGUUAAGUGUACGAAUGUGGAUCCAUGCCCUAAUAUUGUGGAUUGCUACAUUGCCCGACCAACUGAGAAGAAGGUUUUUACCUAUUUUAUGGUAGCAGCCUCUGCCAUCUGUAUCAUCCUAAAUAUUUGUGAGAUAUUCUACCUCAUUUCUAAAAGAACUCUCAGAUGUGUUGCAAAGUAUAAGAAGUCCAAUAAACAUUCAGUUACCUACAGCAAAGCAUCAACCUGCCAGUGCCAUGUUCAUUUGGAUGCCUCAGAGAAGAAACCAAUUAACAAAACAUUGGAGUCUCUAAGAGCUUCUGCACCCAAUCUGACCUCUUUGUAAAAUGUUCAAAUUAAAGAUCAAGCAACAGUCAAGCAAGUCACCUAGGACACAGAAUUUGUGCUGCCUUCUAUUUUGGUAAUGUUGAUCUAAAAUGUAUUGGAGAAGAUACUGGGAGUCAUAAUGUGGGGACUCUAUCUAAAUGAGCCUACAAGUACUUCUUUCAGAGCUGCCAAAAGAAAAUUCUAAAUGUGUGUUACCUAACUUAAGGAUGGAAAUACCACUGAGACAUAGGAUAACAUUAUGAACACUAAAGAACAAAAUAAAAAAAAUAUAUGACUGGCUUCUGAAGUCAAGUCUUAUACAAAUCCUAUAAUAUGCAUUUCAUAGUUUAGGUACGAAAUGAUGUGACUCAACAAUUAAUGGAGAUCUUCAAAUUAAGUAAUAGUUACUGCCACAAUAAACAUGUUGACAUAGACUGGACUUAUCUAAUGAACUACUUAUGUUAUUGGGAGUUGAAGAAGAAAAAAAAAAAACUUUCUACAGUUAUACUAUAUGGAACAAGAUUGAUGUUGGUGACAUUUAUUCACAUGGCCCUCCAGAGGAACAGAGGAUCCUCAAAAAGGCUCUCAUUUUUAUACCCACAACAGGGUUUGUGAAGCUCAGAGAAGACAUUGUCACUUACAGAUGAACAGCUGCUAGGCUCUGUCACAUUUUUGGUUGUUUCUUAUUAAUGAUAUGACCCGUGUAGACAAAAAUAGCAGAGUUUACAAGGUAAUCAAAACAGGGCAUUUGUUCUAGCCACCUGGAGGAUGUGCCCUCAGAUUUACCUCUUAUGAUUGGACUACAAUAACCCAGUUGUUUUUGUUUCUUUCAUCAAAACACUGGAAAACACUUUUUGCAUAUAUUUCUAUUAAAAAAAACAGAGUAUGAAUAAAAUUCUGUCUAUAACACGCAAUGUUUGAUAUCCUACAGCCACUAAGCUAGCGAUUAUGCUUGGAUUAAAUUCUAGGUCUAUUUUUACUCAUGUUUAUCGCAAUGGAUGGGAAUUAGGAUAAUAGUAGGGACAUUAAAUUAGAUACGUCCAUUUAGAAUGCAUCUGUACUAGAAAUAUUGAAAAAAAAAGAGCUGGAUUAUAGGGCAGAAGGGGGAUUUGCCCAGGUGCCUUCACCACAUACUCUUCUUAAUAGGUUUGGCCAUGCUUUUAAAAUCUAUGGCCUAUCCACUUACACUGGUGGGAGUCCAACUCUUGUCUCCCCUGCCAAACAGCUAUUUAAAGCACCAAGGCAUUCAUGCAAGCGAUCAAAACAUUUUUUAAUACUGGUGUAAUUUUAGUACCAGCUGUGCAGGGUGUUACAGCUUUGCCCCCUCUAAACAGCUGAGCUACUGAGUAUUGAACCUCACCAACCUAAUUUUUAUGGCUUUCACUAAGGAAAGGCUAUACAUUUUAAAGGGCUUCUGUCACCAGAAUCAAAACAGGCUUACCUGCAAAAUCUGCACUGGUCAGCAGAAGCUAGCAGUCUUGGCCCCAUCCCCACCUCUGGCUUUUUUUCUGACAAAACUGAACCUUUAAUAUAUGCAAAUGAGUUUCUAGGAGCAAUGGGGCACUGCCGUUACUCCUGGAGGCUCCGUUCUCUAUGCUGCUGCCAUGCCCCCUGCACUUUGAUUGACAUGGCAGGUACCCAGCGCAUUACAGGAGAGAGGUUCAAGAGCAGUUCUUCUCUGUACUGCACUUGCAUUGGGUACUGAAGCGCACAGCGAAGGCGUAAGACUAGAAGAACUCAGGGCCAGACGUGAUGAUGUUUACACUGCCUGGCCCUGUUAAACGAUGUGCAGAGGGCUCCAGGAGUAACGGCAAUACCCCCAUUGAUCCUAGAGGCUCAUUUGCAUAUACUAAAAGUUCAUUUUUCUCAGAAGUAAAGCCACAGAUGGGGAUGGGACCAAGACUGCUAGCUUCUGCUGACCUGUGCACAUGUCGAAGUUCAGCCUGUUUCACUACUUUGAUCUGGUGACAAAAGCCCUUUUAAAAGCCUGGAUAGCCACAUUAAUCUCUUUCCAGAUACUCCUAGCAACCAGACAUAGACGUUUCGGCACCAUAGAUGCUAUUAAAAGUUGUGCAACCUGCUUGUCUAAUCAGCAGCUGACAGGGUCUGAGUACUUGACACCUAAUAAAAACCCAAGAGCAGGAUCUCCUCGACCAUAAAAUUGGCAUACAUUUUUGACUCUCACCUAGUGAAGAGCACUUCAACUGGAGAUUAACGUGAAGUGGUUGAUACUGAAUGGCAUCAAUAGGAUGGAAAGGUUCUAACCACCAAAUUCCUUGCCCAGGAGCCUCCACCAACCUUCAUCCAGCCCUUAGCAGAAUAGAAGCAGUUGUGAAAUAAUUAACACUUAAAGUGACAAAUAAAGGAGAGCUUACUUACCAAUGAUAGAGAUAGGAUGCUGUGAGGUGAUGGAUGAGUGACAUUGUUCUGUUAUACCAAGUUCCAAGACUAUUUCUACUGCCUUUGUAUUUAUUAUUUAUAAACCUGUGUAUAUUUUAUUAAAUUGUAUUUUUUAAAUAAGUGA